AUGGGGAACGACAAAGAUGCCAUCUCAGAUAAGCCAAUGACUAGUGAAGAUCUAGAGCAUGCACCCACUCACGGCACCUAUCUCGACAAAGAUGAAGCAUCUCACCUUUCCGAGGAGCACCGACAGUACCUGUUGGAAAGACAUGGCACGCUUGAGCUGGACCCCAUACCCACCAUGGGUACAGCCGAUCCAUACAACUGGCCUCAGUGGAAGAAAGUGAUGAACCUACUCUUUGUCGCCUUCCACGCCAUGAUGUGCGCGUUUCCUGCUGCUGCGAUCAUUCCAGCCUACGAGAACAUAUCCGAAGACCUAGGUGUCAGCCUCCAAAGGGCGUCGUAUCUUACGUCUUUGCAAAUCGCUAUCCUUGGGGGCGCUCCGCUGUUUUGGCGGCCACUCUCCACACGAUACGGACGUCGACCCAUCUUCAUCAUAUCUUUGAUCGGCAGUUUAGUCUUCAACGUAGGCUGCGCGAAGAGUCAAACAUACGCUGCCAUGGCUGCCUGUAGAGCUCUCCAAAGCUUCUUCAUCUCACCCCCGAACGCAAUCGGCAGUGCCGUUGUGGUUGAGACUUUCUUCAAGAGAGAAAGAGCGAAGUUCAUGGGUAUCUGGACGGUCAUGAUAACCUUGGGUAUACCUCUAGCACCCCUCAUCUUUGGCUUUGUGACCUACAACGUCGGUUAUCGCUGGAUAUAUUGGAUCCUCGCAAUCGUCAACGGCGUCCAGCUCAUCCUGUACACGCUCUUCGGACCAGAAACGCGAUUCAUCCGACACAACAACGCACAACACGCGCAGUUUGGAUUUGCGGCCUACAAAGAGAUGUAUCUCAAGUUUCGCCGUAUCGAUCCUACACCCAUCACCGCCUCGGAGUUCAUCUCACCACUUCGGCUAUUCAAGUACCCAUGUGUAAUCAUUCCUGCAUGCGCAUAUGCAAUGGUCUUCCUCUUCGCUUCGGUCCUCGCGACCGUCGAGAUCCCGCAACUCUUCGGCGAAAAGUUCCAUUUCAACGCGCAACAAAUUGGUCUACAAUUUCUGGGUAUCAUCGUUGGCACAAUUAUUGGUGAGCAGAUCGGUGGGCACUCGAGUGACCUUUGGAUGCGAUGGCGUGCAAAGAAGAUGACUCCCCUCCGUCCUGCUCCAGAAUUUCGUCUUUGGCUAAGCUACUUCGGCAUUCUCCUCACCAUAUGUGGUGAGGUCGUUUUCCUGGUUCGCAUCGAGCAAGCCCCCGAUCUGCAUUGGAAUGUAACGCCCAUCAUUGGUGCAGGCAUAGGUGCAGCGGGUAACCAGAUCGUUACCACUGUUCUGAUCACAUAUGCGGUAGACUGCUAUCCGGACGAAGCUGGUAGCAUUGGUGUAUUUGUUACCUUUGUGAGGCAAAUUUGGGGCUUCCUCGGUCCUUUCUGGUUUCCUCCCAUGUUCGAGAAUGUAGGUAUCGCGAACAGUGCUGGGAUCGUUGCAGCAUUGCUCGUAGGAGUUAGUCUGGUACCUAUCAUGUUCACUCAUUGGAAGGGCCAUUCGAUGAGAGGACAUAUGUCGGAGAGAAUGUAG